AUGGAGGGAAUACCGCAGCCAAUAAUUAGAAUUGUAGAGGAAUUCUUCGGCGACUUCAAAGGCAGACGAGCUGGCUUGAUCAAGGCUUUAACUAUUGAUGUUGCGAAGUUAUACCAGCAGUGCGAUCCUGAAAAGGAGAAUUUGUGCCUAUAUGGACUUCCUAAUGAGACAUGGAAAGUUGACCUGCCUGUUGAGGAAGUGCCUUCCGUGCUUCCUGAGCCAGCUUUAGUUAUAAACUUGGCAAGGAAUGGAAUGCAGGAGAGAGACUGGUUAUCAUUGGUUGCAAUGCAUAGCGAUUCCUGGUUGCUUGCUGUUGCAUUCUACUUUGGUGCACGCUAUGGAUUUGGUAAGAAUGAAAGGAAGAAACUCUUUCAGCUGAUAAACUCAAUUAAAUUUCUUAGCAUUACUCUUUUCCAUUUUCUCUUGCAAGGACCAGGCUCAAUAGGAGCUGUGGAAAGAGCUCCAGAGCGAAGACCAUGUGAGUUUGGCCAAAUUCUACCAGAUAACCACAAAAUACCAACGAGUAGAAAGCUCGUUAGCGGCAUUAGCUGGAAGCUCGACACGGGGGGUCUCAGACCAGAGAUAAGAUCGCCUCUCGGAUAA